CGCAUAACAUACUUUGUAGGGGUAUAUCGCGUUUUUUGUUUGUAAUUUAAAUAGUAAUUUACGUGAAAUAUAGUUAUGUACUGAAAAAAAAAGAUUUGUGCAAUUUUUUUAAUCGUUCCUUUGAAACUGAUGGUAACAAUAUUUUUCGUACUAUAUCAUGGAUAGUAAUAUGGAAACAGAUCCCAAUAUAACCUCGAUGAAGAUAAUGUUAAAGAGGUCUGUAUUGCCAAAAAACAAAAUGGCGAUAAUUCUGGAGACGGAGCAAGGACCUCAGUACUGUUGCGUGCAAUGCCCGGUCAGAUUUUAUGAGAAAGAGAAGCUAGAAUUACAUUUGUGCACACACUUUAAGGAGUACAGGUUCCUGUGUGGAGUUUGUGGCACUGGUAUGAAACGCAAGGAGCACCUGAUAAGACAUACGUUGGGCCACCAGGAGAUACGUCCGCACGUAUGCCCUGAAUGCGGUAAGGGGUUUAAGCGGAAAGAACAUCUGAACAUUCACCAGUCCAUACAUACAGGAGACAAGACGCAAGUCUGUUCGCUGUGCCAUCGAUCGUUCUACCGCAAGGACCAUCUACAGAAGCACCUGCAAACCCACAGCAAGAUAUUUAUGGAGCAGAACAUGUUCCAGCUGAGCGACCAGGAACUGUUGCAGAUCAAGCAGGAGGUGCUGGAAGAUGACGUCAAGCCCGUCAUCGAUGACGAGGCGGGCUGCGAGCCUGUGAUGGAGAUGAGCGUAGAAAACAACACGGCGACGGAGAACGGGACACCGCAGGUACUGGACCCUGAGCGGCCGUUCAUAUGCUUCGUGUGCAACAAGUCGUACAAACGCAAGGAUCACCUCAAGCUGCACAGCCAGACACACUUGAAGAAGGAGCAAGUCUGUUCCGAGUGCGGGAAAAGUUUCCACAAAGAAGAACAACUGUUAGCACAUAUGAACGUGCACUUACUGCCGUACCCGAUGCACAUCAACGGAGACGUCGACGUGUCAGACAUGCAGUCGUUGAGCGACAAUUCUGGCCAUGAGGUUUUGCACGCUGAUCCUCAGGGUCUGCUAAUAGAGCGCGCUGCGCCGGUAAAACGAAACCCGGAGAGUCGGCCCCACCAGUGCCCGGUCUGCCACCGCCGGUUCAAGCGUCGGCAGCACCUCAAGGUCCACGCCAACGUGCAUCUCAAGCUGCCGCCCACCAUAUGGUGCUCGCUAUGCAAUAUGGGUUUCCAAAGCAACUCUCAAUUCGAGAGCCACGACUGUCAACCCGGCAACGGAGAGAACGAGGAACAAACGGGGGCCAAGAAGGAAAAUGACUAUCCCCAGUAUAUAACGCCAGCAACAGAAGACGCCAGCCCUCUCGAAAACUCAGCGCUGCUCGCGGAGCAACUACUGCCUACCCCGCAACGCGUGUACGUCUGCAAGUACUGCACCAAGCCCUUCAAGAGGAAAGACCACUACAAGAUACACCUGCACAUACAUACUGGCAUCAAGUCCUUCUUCUGUCCUGAUUGUGGGAAAGGUUUUUAUCGCAAGGACCACCUGCAGAAACACGCGCAAAUUCACCAGAAAAACAAACCCAAGCCCAACAAAAAGAUGAUCCCGGAUCUGUUUCCUAUACACAUGCUGUCCAAGGAGAUCAAACCAGAAAUCACUAUUACAGCACCGUCCAACUCCAAGUUGCGCGUGCCACUGCAGAUCAAAGUGCCGUACCAGAUGGUGAUGUCUAUGGACAACGGGGAACAGCGGGCUGUCACCAUCGACCCGCAGGCCUCUGGACGAGUGCCCGUCACCAUGUGAACUCGACAUAGAAUAAAUUGCGUAUAGAACGGUAACUCUCCGCCCCGCACCAAUUCAUGUCAGGUGCCACGCUAGAUUUACCUCACCCCCUCUAGGUUACUUUAGUCCAAAUGGCCGUAAGCUGCUAAGGAGUAAGAUCGAGCACGCGUUAUCCGUCUCCCUCGCACACGGUAAGAAUGAGAUUUUUAUAUGGUGUGUCCGGAAGGUGAGCUUGAAGUCUACAUUCCAUAUCACCUUUCCCCUGACAAUCUUACUACCUAUAACAUGUUAA